AUGUCCACGGUCCAGCGCAAUGUCCACCAGCCGCUCCUCUUCGAGUGUGCUUGGGAGGUCGCAAACAAGGUCGGCGGUAUCUACACCGUCAUCAAGACAAAGGUCCCCGUCACCGUAAAGGAGUUUGGAGACCGCUUCUGCCUCAUCGGCCCGCUGAGCUACAAGUCGGCACCCAUGGAGGUCGAGUCCGAGGAGCCCGAGCCAGGAUCCCCCAUGGCCGAGUCGCUCAAGGCGAUGAAGGACCGCGGCGUAAAGUACAUUUACGGCCGCUGGCUCAUUGAGGGUGCUCCCCGUGUGCUCCUCUUUGACACUGGAAGCUGCUAUGACCGCAUGGACGAGUGGAAGCAGGACCUCUGGAACAUUGCCGGCAUCCCCACCCCUCCCAAUGACCACGAGACGAACGAGACCAUUGUCUUUGGCUACAUGGUCGCCUGGUUCCUUGGCGAGUUCUCCUCCCGUUGCCUCGACACUGCGAUCAUUGCCCACUUUCACGAGUGGCAGGCUGGUCUUGCCAUUCCCCUGUGCCGCAAGAGGCACAUUGACGUCACCACCAUCUUCACCACCCACGCUACCCUGCUCGGCCGUUACCUGUGCGCCGGCAGCGUCGAUUUCUACAACAACCUCCAGUACUUUGACGUCGACCACGAGGCUGGCAAGCGCGGCAUCUACCACCGUUACUGUAUCGAGCGCUCGUCGGCCCACUGCGCCGACGUGUUCACCACCGUCUCGCACAUUACCGCGUACGAGUCGGAGCACCUGCUCAAGCGCAAGCCCGACGGCGUCCUGCCCAACGGUCUGAACGUGGUCAAGUUUGCGGCCAUGCACGAGUUCCAGAACCUCCACUCCAUCUCCAAGGAGAAGAUCAACGAGUUUAUCCGCGGCCACUUUUACGGCCACUACGACUUUGACCUCGAGAACACGGUCUACAUGUUCACUGCGGGCCGUUACGAGUUCCGCAACAAGGGUGUCGACAUGUUCAUCGAGUCGCUGGCGCGUCUGAACCACCGUCUCCAGAAGAUGGGAUCCAAGAUGACCGUCGUGGCCUUUAUCAUCAUGCCCGCAGCCACCAACUCGUACACCAUCGAGGCCCUCAAGGGCCAGGCCGUCACGGGCGCGCUCAAGGACUGUGUCAACCAGAUCACCGACCGCAUUGGCAAGCGUCUCUUUGAGCACGCCGCCCGCUACGACGGCACGCACGGCACCGAGGUUCCCAACCCCGAGGACCUCAUGUCCGCCGAGGACAAGAUCCUGCUCAAGCGCCGCGUGUUUGCGCUCAAGCGCAACUCGCUCCCUCCCGUUGUCACCCACAACAUGGCCGACGACUCGACCGACCCCAUCCUCAACCAGAUCCGCCGCGUCCAGCUCUUCAACCGCACCUCGGACCGCGUCAAGAUCAUCUUCCACCCCGAGUUCCUCAACUCGAACAACCCCAUCCUCGGCCUCGACUAUGAGGAGUUUGUCCGCGGCUGCCACCUGGGUGUCUUCCCUUCUUACUAUGAGCCAUUCGGCUACACUCCCGCCGAGUGCACCGUCAUGGGUAUCCCCAACGUCACCACCAACCUGUCCGGUUUCGGCUGCUUCAUGGAGGACCUCCUCGAGGCCCCCGAAGACUACGGAUGCUACAUUGUCGACCGCCGCAGCCAGGGUGUCGAAGAGUCGGUCGACCAGCUCACCAACAUGCUCCUGGGCUUCACCCUCAAGUCGCGUCGCCAGCGUAUCAACCAGCGUAACCGCACCGAGCGCCUGUCGGAGCUGCUCGACUGGAAGUCGCUCGGUCUCGAGUACGCCAAGGCGCGCCAGCUGGCCCUGCGCCGCGCGUACCCGGAAUCGUUCACCGACGACGAGCCCGAGUUUACCGGCGUGCAGCGCGUCGCUGGCCCGCUCUCGGCUCCCGGUUCCCCGCGCUACCGUUCCGGCAUGAUGACGCCCGGAGACUACGCCACGCUCACCGAGGAGAUGGAGCACCUGUCCACCAGCGACUACAUGGGCGGCAAGAACUGGCGCGGCAUCAACGACAAUGACGACGACGAGGAGAACCACUACUCGUACCCGCUCGUCAUGAAGCCGCGCAACCGCUCCGACUCGCUCGCGUCCGCCAUCUCGGGCACCAUGACGCCCUCGGGCGGCCUCAAGCUCAGCGAAAAGGACCUGGCAAAGGCCGACGCCGCGCUCGAGACCCACAACACGGUCGCAAGUAACGGCCACUAG